AUGAUCACCGUAUUACAGCGAGGUGGUGCUGACGUGACGGUGACAUCCGUCGAGAAUCAAGUUGGUGUUGAUGCUUGUCAUGGUAUCAAGAUGGUCGUCGAUACUCUCUUCUCUGAUAUUACCGACUCCAUUUUCGACCUUAUUGUCCUCCCUGUAAGUGUUCUCUGCUAA